AUGGCGCCUUCCGCAUCACCUUAUCAAAAUCUCACCGGCAGUCUUUGGGACAAAGCCUUCAGCAAGCUGAAUGAGGACCUCAAGUCAAGCUUGGGCCAGGCAAAGACACACAAGCGCGACAUCUUGGCGGCCGUUCUGAGGGCUGCUGAGGAUAAGAGGGACACGAGUCUCCGGAAACGCUGGAAAGUCAAGUUGCCGAAUGGUGAGGCAGUGAUUGUGCGCGAUGUUCUUGAGAAGAUCGCCAGAUGGGUCGUCCGCUUCAAAGAGAUUGGCGACACCGCCGUCCAGUUCGACACAACUCAGGCCUCAUUCCCCUGGGCAGCAGUGCGUUUCUUAUUACAGGCCACGGUCAACGACAUCCAGCAAUACGGGGCCCUGAUGGUGGAUAUCGAGAUCAUCUCACGGCUAGUCACUCGCUAUAAAGAGUUUGAGCUUCUGUAUCUGCCGCGGAAUGCUCCGGUACCGUCGGCUUUGGAUGACGCCCUUACCAGCCUUUACACAGAAGUUCUGACAUACCUGGCGCGGGCAGUGGACAUUCUGUCGGAGAAGACUUUAGUGCGACUGGCGAAAGCUCCUUUCAGGCUGGGCGACGAGGAGCAGAUGCAGUGCAUUCUAAAGCGGGAGGACGAAGUUUUGAAGCUUGCCAAACUCGACGACGUCAAAGUGUUGCAUUCUCUGGAAAUUUCUGUUGUUCGACUGGUAGACCAGGCAAGUAUCGCCAGCCGGAUGUUAGAUCGUGAACGCCAUGUGAAAAUGGUCAGGUGGUUGUCAACAUCGCCCUACUCUGCCCACCACGAAACGAUUACCGAAUAUCGCGCACCAAAUUUUGGCCAGUGGCUUCUGCAACAUCGCGAAUACAAGGACUGGUGUCAAUCCAGCUCACCAUCAGUGCUUCUUCUUCACGGGAUUCCCGGCUCGGGCAAGACGCACUUGUGUUCAGUGGUGGUCGAUGAGCUACUCAAAACAGCCGCCUCGCAGGCCUUGUCUGCUCCAUUCGCAUAUUUCUACUGUUUGAAGACGGACUCGGAACCAGAGCGGUCGUCGGCGGAUGAAAUACUGCGGAGUAUACUACGACAACUAGCUAUCACAGAUGAGACCCAGCCAAGAGUUCAGUGCUUACUUGACACUGAAUUCGAGCAGCGAUCGAAGUCCGCUGACCUCAGCGGCCUCGAUCUUCCCAGGCUUAAGACAAAACAUUGCGUGGAUCUUAUAAUUGAGCUCGCUAAUGAUAGUCCCAUCACUAUUAUUUUCGACGCGAUCGAUCAGAUCCAGGACUCUUGGCGCUUUGUUCUAUUUGAUGAACUCAACCGAAUCCUUAACGAGGCAGCUAAUGUCGUCAAAAUCUUUAUGACGAGUAGAAAUGAUAGCGAAGUCCUUUCAUCUUUCUCUUCCGCGAAGACAGUGAGUAUCACCAGUUCCAAUGUGCGCGGGGAUAUGCAAGAAUUUAUUCUUCGAGAGCUUGACAACGCGAGGCUCAUGAAUGGGCGCAUAUCUUCUGAGGUGCGGACGGCGAUAGCCGAUGCACUGUUGAGCGGUGCUGGCGAGAUGUAA